GAAAAGAGUCCCGUCACUGAGUAGCACAGCGCAGCGCUGACUAUGCCUGCGGACCCCACAGACAACAACAAUUCCGACCGCCCGUCCCCCGCAUCAGCCUUUUUCUCGCACUUCCACUCAACAGCCCAAUCAGCAGGCCUUCAGCCCCUUUAUCCCGCUCUCGGUCCCGCACGGGCAAAGCCCGCAGACACACGCCGCAAAGAAAGAUUGCCAGGACCAUCCCAGUCAUCGUCGACCCAGGGUAACAAAAAGCCCAUUUUUGUGGACCUCACACAGGACGAAGACUCGCCAAAGGAGCCAAAGAAGUCGGGACGAGGAAAAUCAACCACCGAGGGUGUCAUUGAUCUUACUCUGUCUUCUGACGACGAUAAAAACGACGCCGAGAGUAAUUCCAGCUCGAUCAUAAUCAUAUCAUCUACCAUGUCCAGUAGGCAGGCGCGAAAGGAGGCGCAGAGGAAGAGAGAGAUCGAAGACGACAAACGUAAAGGUUUAUCCCAGGCAUCUCUAUCAUCCCUCUUUGCCCGUCCCAGGGAUGAGAACAUUUCCAGGCCUGGCUCCGGGACUAGUCCUAUCCAGAAUUUGACCUCGUCACCUUUCAGCUCUUCGAGUUCACAAACUUUGCAUGAAUCUCUGAAAGCAACAAGCCUAACCCCCAAGGAUACUUCACAACCUGCCACGACCGCGUCGGCGAUCAAAGGCUCCAAGGGUAAAGGGAAAGAACGUGCUCGACCACGCCCAGUCACUGUGGUCGCCGGUCCGUCGAAAAAUUCACCCUCUAUCUUCAAGACUGCUGCAGACACCGAGCUGUAUCGUUCCGCACCUGCAACUAUCCCUUCUCCCACGCCUCGCAAAGCUCCCUCUCUUCCCAAACUUUCAUCACAACCUCCAUCUUCCGAGUUUUCCUCUUCUCCACUUCCUUCAGACGUGUCGACUCCUGUAUCAAUGACUGCAAGAAGCCCUACCCGACCUACCACCGCGCCUUCAUGCUCUCCCGCUUCCGCUUCCAUUGAAAAGGCUAUCUCUACACUUACCCGUGAACCAGUCAAAGCUGCAGUCGUAUCCCCUAAGCUGCCAGCGAAGAAUCACAUCGACGAGAUUGAGACUUGUCCGUUAAGGGUCAAUCAGAUGAAUGAAUCUCCAGCAGUUUCCACCAACUCCGCGCCCACUUCGUCUCGUUCCAGCCGGGCUCGUCCUCUUCCUGGAGCGUAUGCCCUUCCAGCGAUUGACACACCUAUCCACGAAUGGCCCACCUUCCAAGGGACUUCUGCUUCAGUCAAAAAGAGAAAAAAGGAUGUAUCCGAAGCCCCUGAGAUGGUCAAGGCGUUUGGGCGUGAAGUGUCAGUUGAGAUCCCCAGGUUGACCAAGCGGGAGUCGGCCAAGGAGAGUGAACCUCCUAUUGAAGAGUUGGGAGAAGGAAGUUCAAAGGUUCCGAGCCCCCUAAAAAAACUUGGGAACUCAUCCUUGUCUUUGCUUAACCAGGCUGCUAAGCAACGUCAGGUAUCAAAGACAAGUCCUACAAAGCAGCCACUACGGAAGGGCAAAGGAAAGCAAAAGCAGCCCCUCACGAGUUCAGAAAACAUCACGUCUGUUCUUGAUUUAAGGAGUCUCUCGCCCGAACCUCGCCGUCAAAGUGAUAAUACUUCCAAGACAAUCAUCUUUAAGCCCGAAAACGUUUCUUCAGCAGAGGAACAGCGUUAUUCAGUACCAGAUGCUACGUCUGAUGGCUCGUUCACUCCCCCACCUAAACAAACCAAUUCUAUACCGCCAUCCAGCCCUCUCACCGAACUCUCUGAUUCUGACGAUGAUGUUGAUAAAGGCGGCGGUGACGAGGAGAGGGAGCUUUCUUCUUCGACGUUGAGCGAGUCGAUCGCUUCUCCUCUUGCUGCAGCAAAGGAAGCCCAGCUGUCCCCGCCUUCUCUUCUCGAAUUAAAUGUGGAUAUCGAGGUGCCGUCUACAAACGCUCCAAAGACGGGAAAGAAGCAAGAGUUUCAAGAAGAAGCCAAGGGAGGAGUCAAAGACGAUGAGUCGGGCGAACUCGAUCUCGAUGAAUGGGACAACUUUGAGUGGACAGUGUCUACAAGUCCCACGAAAGGCGACAGCGAAAACAUGCCUUCCACCAGCGGCAUGUCCUCUUCCUCCUAUCUCGACACCCCCGCCACACCUUUAAAGAGAAGUCCUUCAAAACCACCUGCUUCUGCACUCACGCCGUCUCGCCUCGCCCAGUUAUUGCUCUCGCCCUCCAAGAGACCUACUCCUGAGACUCCUCACAGUGCCCAGAAACGAGCCACGCCAAUGGAAAACUCGCCUACGAACUCGGCAAAGAAAAGAAAGCUGCAAGUGGACAAGUAUGCAAAGAUGCUGGCAGAAACGAGAGCUAUAGAGCAGGCGGAGAAGGAAGAGGAGAAGAGGAAGGAGGAGGAAGAGAAAAGAAAAAUGGACGAACUCCUUGGUGCGGCUGCUGAUGAAGAAGAAGAAGAGGGCCAGGGGGAUGUGGCUCAGAUGCUUCAGGAUAUUGCCAGUCGUUCUCCUCAAAAAUCUUCAUCUACAUCAAGUUUUCAAGACAUUGUCCAAUCACGACAAAAGGCCCACAAAGAACGUCAGGAAGCCGCUCGGAAACGAAAAGAGGAAAAAGAGCAGGAGCGCCGAGAGCGAAAGGAGAAGAAGAAGAAGGAGGCUGCGGCAAAACAAGCUGCUCAAGAACGUAAAGCUGCAGACAAACAUUUGCAAAGCAUUUUCAAGGGUAUCAAAGCUGGCGAUGAUCUUGAAGAAGCUUUGAAAGACAUCGAAGAGGAUGAGAAGGUUGAGACAGAGGGUGGCACGUACCCGAUUCUUGACGAAGACAUUUCCGAUACCGACGACGAAGUUAACACAGAUGAUGAACUUGGCGGAACAGAUGAAGAAGACGAGCUCGGUUUUGAUUUUGAUCUUGACGGAGACUAUGAUUUGGAUGAGCUUGCGGGAAGGAUGCGCGCAAAAGGAAUGGCAGUUGAUGAUGAGCUGCUGAGGGACGCCAAAGUUAAAGAUGAUCAAGGUAUGGAUUUGGCAUGGGAAGGCUUCUGGGAAAGUAAGAAACAGGCGAGGGACAAGGUGGAGCGUUUACCAAAUCUGGAAAUCGAGGGUGGUGAUGCGAUUAUACAGGAGUUGAGGCACUCAGUUGAGGCUGAAGACAUCAUGAGCCUUAUCAGCCUUUUGGCGUCAGGUAUAUUGCUGCAGAUCGAUUCCCAAUAUGAGAUGGCUAUCGGUCAGUGGCUUUGGAAAUGUGCUCUAAGCGCCUCGCACCCUCAAUUACUCUCCGUCGCUACGGAAGUAUUUUUUCAAUGGAACAAUGGUCGGGAAAUAGGAAUGACCGCAACAUUAUCGACCCAGGUUUUUUCCUUACUUUCACGAGCCGGAGCUCGCAAAAAUAUUCUUUCCCGCCUGGGCUUGACUAGUGAUUUUGACCCAAUCAUAACCGUCCGAAGACGAGAGUCAAUAUGCGUUGUGUCAUGUCGUCUAAUUAAAACUAGAAUUAACGCAGCGCCAAGCGCGGUUGACAAUACCACUUUACAAACAAUCAUUCCGGUCUUACUUCUUCUGUUUAUUGAUAAAUCUUCCUCCACAGCAGUCAGACUGCACAUCCACGAGGCUAUCAACGUCAUUCUGACUCACGCAGCCAGGAUAGAUCCUGUCAGUUACGCCAGAAUCGCCGCAGAGCAGAUUGUCAAGGGUGCUGAGCCAUAUGGUGACGAUGUGCGAGCUGCAGUGCUCAAAGCGCUCGGUCAAAUGACGCCCCUCACGCGAGAAGUGCAUAAAUGGGUAGGGAUGGAGUAUAUCUCGCCUGGAACUUUGGCUAGAAUGGAUCAGUUGUCUGAACCACUUCGUGCUCCCGCCGUUCCUCAUCUCCUUGCUCCUAUCCAAUCAUUACACGAAUCGCUCCGUCCACCUCCUGGUGUCGAGAUAGAUUGGAACGCUAAGAACUUCUUCGUUACCUUCCUGUACGCUGCAAUCGCCGAUAUCAAGGGUCUGGUGGACAUACAUCCCAUCAAGAUGGAUUCAAUCAAGAAUGUCAAGGAGUUGAUGAUGACGCAUCCUGUCGAAGACCUUAGGGGAUUGAUCAGGCUAUGUCGGGAUAGAAUUUCCGAUCAAGGCGAUGGUUCCAAGAAAGUGACCGUGAAAGCUAGGCUCCAUCAGUUGUUGGAAAUCACAAGAUUGGUCCUUGAAGUCGCUAUUCAGAGAAAAAGAAGUUCAAAGCCCUUAGGCAAGGGACUGAAAAUAGGGAAGGGAGGUCAGUCACGACUGAGUUUCAAAAGGAAAGAAUCUAUAGAAUAGUUAGAAGUAGGUAAAAAUAAUACCAAGAUACAGUACUAGUGUUGUCCUUGUUUUGGACGUGUUGUAUACAGCUCUAAAUAUGGCAUACCCAGUCGGUCAUCAAUGUAUCGUAUCGUGCUCG